UGGUUAUUUGGAACUGAGUCCUAAAGUCAAUGGGUGGUGAAACACUUUUAUCUUUGGAUUGUCUUGAAAAGAUCCAUACCCUAUCAACCCAUAUAUAAACAAGAUAAUAAGAAGAAAUCGGUUCGAUUUAACCCCGAUCUUGAACAGACGAUUUAUUUCUACAAGACACAGCCACCCAAGGCAAUUCAUAUCAAAGAUGUGAUACGUGCAGAAGACUAUACAAUGACUCAAAUAAAUUGGCCAAACAAGACAAGAUUACUGCUAUAUAAUGAUAACAAAAUACGUAUGGAACAAAUUCAAUUAACAGAUGGAGACUAUCAAGAUAUCGAAAAGAACCAAUUUAUGAUGGAAGGCCGUUGUCGUGCUUUAAAUAUCUCUUAUCAAAAGACUGUUUCCGUACGUUAUACAUUUGAUUUAUGGAGUACAUAUCAUGAAACAGUCUCUGUAUUUAAAGAAUCUAUUGCAAGUACUUCCAAUACAUGGGAUAGAUUCACUUUUACUAUUCCUAUCCAAGCAUCAAACCAAGUACAAACAAUCUAUUUCGCACUUCGAUAUACUGUUGAUGGUCAAGAAUAUUGGGAUAAUAACAAUGGCUUAAAUUAUCAAAUCAUCAUCACUCCACCGCCUUUACCACUGCAUGAAAAAGAAAAAGAACAACAACAAAAGAUCAAAAAGCUAUCCAAAAGAUACGAUUUCAGUCAUUCUUAUUAUUCUCCCCCUCCCUCACCUCCUAUCACUCCUACCGAAUUACCUUUAUAUACCCCCUUCCAAGAUAACAAGACAGAAUUAAGCUACACUGACUUUGUAAACAAAUAUUGCUUCUAUAACUCUCAUUCAAGUCUAAUCUAUUCAACAUCUCCGUCUGCUGUCUUUACAUAAUUUGCAUUUCCAUUAAAAUAAAAAAAAGUAAAUCCGGGGAAAGUCGGCCCUACAAAACCAUAUUUUGACCUUGACCAUUUCGAGUAGUUACACACUCUGAAC